AUGGUUUCGUUUUUUUGGUGUACAGUUAUCGCAUUGAUAAUAUUUUGGUUUUAUGUCAAAUUUAUUGUGCCAUUACGAUAUUUUAAACGUCUGGGUAUACCUGGGCCAUCUCCUAUCCCAAUCAUUGGCACUUUAGCAGCUGAUACCAAAGAUGGAAAAGGCAAUCAUGAAGUGCAGCAGAUUCACUUGGAGAAGUAUGGCAGAGUUUAUGGAUUUUUCGUUGGAUCGAUGCCAGCUUACGUUGUAGGUGAUUUAGAUAUUAUUAAGAAUAUACUGAUUAAAGAGUUUCCUGCAUUCUCCAAUCGUGCUAUGUUCUUUAAAACUCCUGGGUUAGAGAAAAGUCUUGCUAAUUUACGUGAUACUGAUUGGAAACGCAUUAGAACUGUAUUGAAUCCUACAUAUACAACGUCCAAAAUGAAACAGAUGUUUCCUUUAGUAAAUGAUUCCGUCGAUACUUUCAUAAGAAAAAUGGAAAGGGUAGCUGAUAAGAAUCAAUCAAUCGAUGUAUCGGAUUGGUUGAAACAACUUAGCUUAGAAAUUAUAACUGCUAGUGCUUUUGGUGCAAAGUGUAACGUUCAAAAUGGUGGACAUGAUCGUUUAAUAAAUAGUGCAACGGCAAUUUUCAAAAUGAAUCCUACUGUCAUCGCGUUGUCAUUCAUGAUGCCUAGAUUAGCUCCAUUAUUUGCUGCUUUCGAUAAAUCAUUUAUGAAUGGUGUCAAGUACAUUGAUAAAGCGGUUGCUAGUAUUAUCAAGAUGCGACGUCAGGAAGGUGCUACCGGAGCAAAUUAUAAAGAUCUAUUGCAGCUGAUGAUAGAUGCUAGCGCUGCUGCUGAAAGUAACAAGAGCCUGACAGAUAACGAAAUUAUUGCCCAAUCGAGUACAAUCAUGCUGGCUGGUUACGAAACUACAAGUAGCUGUGCUACUUUUACGGCUUAUUUGUUAGCUAACAAUAGCGAGGUUCAAGAUAAAUUAAUUCACGAGAUAGCAAAAGUUUGUGGUAAGCAAGAAGUUACGUAUGACAUGCUCGGCCAAAUGACCUAUUUAAAUAAGGUUAUUCAUGAAUCGCUACGUAUGUAUCCUCCCGGUUACAUACUGUUACGCGAAGCAACAACUACUUUUCAGUGUAAUGGCUACACUUUUCCUAAGGGCAUUCCCAUAUUCAUUCCUGCUUAUGCUCUUCAUCAUGAUAAUGAUAUCUGGCCAGAGCCGUAUCGGUUUAAUCCAGAAAGGUUUAACAAAGACCUCGUUGAAGCUCGUCAUCCUUGUGCAUACAUGCCUUUCGGUUUAGGCCCACGCAAUUGUAUUGAGACAGAAAUCCCAAUUCAAGUUACAGCAGCAACCACGCUAGCACCCAAGAAUUCUGUUUAUCUUCGAGUUAUGUCUCAUACCUCUUAA